AUGACUUUCCAAGCUGUCGUUCUCGGGUUCGAACCCACGCUGCUUCAGCGUGUGAUGCUGUUAUGGGUGUUUAUCGCCGGCGGACUCGUCAUUGCUGUUCAGGUAUCGCAGUGGCAUGAGACACAACCCAUUCGGUGGACAAGAGUUACCCCGACUUCGAAACCCUACUGGUACACGCUCUACGUAACCGAGGUCUUUCUCUUCGUCACUGCAUCCUACCCGCUCCUCCUUCAAAUGAUGGAAGGCUACGCUUUUGACCACGAGGAAAAGAUUCUCAAUACCUUGUGGAUCGGACUCCUCGGGCUCGAGACCCUCAUGGUCCUUGGUGUCGCGGUGCAGAGCAUUGUUAGGAGACUCCAGGCUCCUCCUAAGGUCAAGACGAUUUAG